AUACACCUCCACUGAACUAUUUCAUUAACCAUUCUAUUACUCCCAAGGCAAGAAAAGAAAUUAAUUGUAUUCUGGACUUUUAGGUGAUAUUUACGAGUUAUUCAAAAUAGAAAGUUUGAAACAAAAUGGACUCCAUCAAGAAGAACCUCGAAUCCGCCAAGAACAAGGGCCAGGAUUACUAUAACCAGAUGAUGGGGCAGCAGCAGAACUCCGAUGCCUCCCAGUACGCCCAAGACGCCAAGAACAAGGCCAACGAGGGCAUGGACAAGACCAAGCAGACGGCUAAGGAUUAUAUGCCCGAUCAGGCGGGGGAUCAUUAAAUCAUCCGUAAAGUUGGUAUAGGCUAAUAGGCUAGCUACUCAAGAAUGAAUAUAAUAUA